AAGCCUGCCCGAAAGAAGAGGCUGCCCAAGAUGUCCCAGCUGGGCGGCCCAGCUCACAAUGCCAGCCGCCUGCACCGGCUGCCCCGGGACUGCCAGGAGCUGUUCCAGGAUGGGGAGAGGCAGAGUGGACUGUUCCAGAUCCAGCCUCAGGGGUCCCCACCGUUCCUGGUCAACUGCAAGAUGACCUCAGACGGAGGCUGGACAGUCAUUCAGAGACGCCAUGAUGGCUCCGUGGACUUCAACCAGCCCUGGGAAGCCUACAAGGCGGGCUUCGGGGACCCCCAAGGUGAGUUCUGGCUGGGCCUGGAAAAGGUGCACCACAUCACGGGAGACCGCCGCAGCCGCCUGGCCGUGCAGCUGCACGACUGGGACGGGAACGCCGAGUCGCUGCAGUUCCCCGUGCAUCUGGGGGGUGAGGACACGGCCUAUAGUCUGCAGCUCACGGCUCCCGUGGCCAGCAAGCUGGGCGCCGCCACCGUCGCACCCAAUGGCCUCUCCCUGCCCUUUUCCACGUGGGACCAGGACCACGACCUCCGCGGUGAUGAGAACUGCGCCAAGAGCCUCUCUGGUGGCUGGUGGUUUGGCACCUGCAGCCAUUCCAACCUCAAUGGCCAGUACUUCCACUCCAUCCCACGGCAGAGGCAGCAGCGGAAGAAGGGAAUCUUCUGGAAGACCUGGCGCGGCCGCUAUUACCCGCUGCAGGCCACCACCAUGUUGAUCCAGCCCACAGAGGCUGUGGCCGUCUCCUAGCCUCCUGGCUGAGGCCUGGUCCCAGGCCAUGGAGGACAGUGACUCUGGCCCAGGAUGUGGCCACUCCCUGCCCGGGCAGGGGCUGCAAGCAGGGCCAUCUGGAACCUCGAGGACAGAGAAGAAGCCCCGACCAGAGAGGCCCCCUUUCUGAGUUGGGGGGCUGCACGCGUUGCCCUCUGAGAACAGGGCCACAGGGCGUGCACAGAUCCUGGAUGCGGGGGCCAAGGGUAUGGAGUCCCACUGUUCGCCCGCCCGAGGAGUGGGGACAUAGAGGGACCACUUGGGGACGGCCAAGCCGGCCUCAUUGGCGGACUCAGUCACAUUGACUGGCUGGGGGACCAGGGCUCUGGCAGGCCCCAGGCGCCCCCACAGUGCUGUUAUAUGGGGGUCCCAUGGCACAAGCUGGCGCUGAUGGUGUCGGGGCGGAGCUCACAGAAUUCCUGGAAUAAAAGCAACUUCAGAACAUUUUA